AUGGCCGAAACCACCGCCUUCCCCCUGCCGCCCAUCCUCCAACACGCCGACCCCACGCCAACUCUCGUAACCCAAGGCGCCGAAGGCCGCCUCUACAAGACGACCUACCUCGUCCCCUCCCGGCCCGCUGCCCUCAAAUACCGACCUUCCAAACCCUACCGCCACCCAAUCCUCGAUGCCCGCCUCACGCGAACGCGCAUCCUCGCCGAGGCCCGCGUCCUCCACAAGUGCCGCCGCGAUGGCGUCCUCGUCCCCGCCGUCCUCGCCCUCGACGACACGGCCGGCUGGCUCAUGCUCGAGUGGAUCGCCGGCCCCCCCGUCCGCGUCGCCGUCAACAACUGGCUCGACAGGUGGCAUCCCGCGCAUCGCGCCGCUGUGUCUUCUGAAGCCACCCUCGGCGCCGUCCCGGAGGAAGAGGACCAGCAGCAGGAAGCCGUCAAGCUGCAGACCGAAGACGGCCGCCCGAGCGCCGAGGCCGAGAGGAGGCUACACGAGGACCUAGACCUCAAGGCCCUCAUGCGCAAGGUUGGCGCCGCCGUCGGCAGGCUGCACAAGUCGGGCAUCAUCCACGGCGACCUGACCACGAGCAACAUGAUGCUGCGGCCGCCCGUCCAGCCGGCGACGGCAACAGCGGCGACCGGGGCCGAGAUUGGACCCGAGGCAGGCGAGGACUGUGCGUUGCAGGGCGACGUUGUUCUCAUCGACUUUGGUCUCGCCUAUCAAAAUUCCAUGGAUGAGGACCGUGCCGUCGACCUGUACGUCUUGGAGCGGGCUUACGGCAGCACCCACCCCCGCGCUGAAUCUCUCUUCCCUGAGUUGCUGGAGGGCUACAAGGAGGCUUUGCCUGCGAAGCAGUCGACCUUGGUUCUGCGCAAGCUGGAAGACGUCCGCAUGAGGGGCCGCAAGAGGAGCAUGGUCGGCUGA